CUCAGUGAAUCAAACACAGCCAAACUAAGCAAUUCACAAUACGUUUCAAUAUAUUCACAGACAAGCAGGAUGUCAACAGAGUGCAAAGGUAAAAGCUCAUGGCCCGAGUUGGUGGGCACCUCUGGACGGUUUGCUGUAACGACAAUUGAAAGACAAAAUAGAAACGUUAAUGCAAUUGUGGUGCCAGAAGGAUCAGGAGUAGUUUUGAACUUCAGCUGCACUAGGGUCUGGGUCUGGGUCACUAAGGCUGGAAAAGUUUACCAAACACCAAGAAUUGGGUAGUAAAACUUCCUAUUUACAUGAUAAUAAAAUGUGAAUUGAUCAUGACCUUUCCUAUCUAAGUUGUUCUAUAUCAUGUCCUCUGUGUAAUAAGUAUACUUUUCUUUUCUCCGUGGAAGAAAACAAAGUUGUCAUAUUAAAUAAAUAAAGGUUGAGCAAGUUUACUUACAUUUUCCUUGAGAUGCUGUAUGCUCCGGUUUCUCAUGUGGUGCCGUAGGUCUUAAGCAUUAAACCUGCAGACAUCUUCUUUCCCUCACUAAUUAGACCUUAAUGGCAAUUAUAAAAUGUCGGGGGCUCCAACCAGCUGAUUCCAGCUCCAGAAAACGCUUAAUGCGCUUAUCUCAACAUCAUAAGAAGCAAUACCCGACAUGAUGGCAUUAAAAAGGAAAAAACUUUUUGAUUUUUGCCGAAUUUCCACUGAAACGAAGGCGUGCAAUUACAGUGGUUACUCAUCUUAGAAGCAUAUCUUCAAAGAAUCAAAGUUCAAAGACCACCACUGCUGAAGUAAUAGCUUUAUUCAAAGAUUCAUAAGGCUGGAAAAAAAAUUAGUCAAACUAUAAUACCUGCGAUAAGUAAAGUCAAAGAUAGAACAGCAUCGACUGAUAUUAGUCUGAACUUUUCAUUUUCAUUGAUGAUUUAUAUCGAACAGGUCGCAUACAUGUAGCUUUACAAACAAGCUUAUGUUUUUUUGCUAAAUGACUCACAAGCUUAUGCUUUCUUGCUGAUUGUGAACGCAAUUAGGUUUCCAUUGUCAACUUACCCAUUGAAGUAUUCCUAAACGCCACCACUCUCAAAUGUCAGUUGUGUAGGCUAACUCUUAUAAUUUGGGGUUGCCACAAUUUCUUACUCCCGCAUAAAUUCAAUUUUAAAGUCGAGUAUUUGACUUUCGUUUCUUGAGAUUAUUGCCUUGACCAAAUCAACGGUCUCGGUCAAUUGAGUUCAAUUUCUGAACUUUUGAGUUUUAUGUAGUACUACUAUUUAUGAAUCAGAGAAAACAGAAGAACCCCAAAAGAAAACCCUAAAAAAAUGGAAUUCGAUCAGCCAUUGUCUGUGUUCUGUACAGUGAUGGCCAUGAACACCACCGAUUUCUGCUACUUGGUUUGCUCUCGAUGUGAGAAAACUCUCCCAAAUGAAUACAUUUCCUGCAAGUACUGCGAUCCCAAAUUCUUCAAUCCAGGCUCGUCAAUUUCAAAACGCCUCUAUCGCAUUCUUGUGUCUAUUGCAGCAUCAGAAGAAGUUUUUGUAGUUGUAAUGUUUGAUAGAGUUGCUCGAGUUCUUAUUGGUUGCUCUGCUGAUGAUUUUUUCAAUUUUACCAUGGUUAACCCCUCUGCAGCUGUUACAGCCAGUAAACUCCUGGAGGGUAAAAUGUUUCAAAUGAAGCUCUCUAAACCGAAGAUGAAUGGCAAUGCGCAGCACCUUCGGGCUAUAUCAGUUACUCCGCUGUGCUCUGAUUUCACUCCGGCAAUUAAGACUUUGAAGGAACUGUAUAAAGAUGCAAUCAGUCCUUCACAUCAAUCAUCUUGUUCCGGGCAUGGUAACCCUUAAAUUAGAGUACAUUGUAGUUCGAUGUUGUUUAAAAGGUGUGGUGAAACAAGGAGUAGAAAUUAUGUAUUCUAGGUUCUUCAUUUUUAGUCAGGUCAUGUAAGCUCGGAGAGGCUAUGUGAAUAGCUUGUUAGAAAUGAAAUUUCUGGAUAGUA